AUUGAAGCAAAAUCUCCAUUCAUCAAAUACUCUUUGUUGAAUUAAUCAGAUCUUCCCAUUUCUUGCUUCUCCCGAAUCUUAGGGUUUUACUAUUUUGUUCAAGCACUGCAAACAUCUCCGCAGCUUUCACCGUCCAAAAAAUGAAUCUCAACAUCUUCAAGAAGAAAACUUCUCCUAAAGAAGCGCUUCGAACAAGUAAAAGAGAAAUGGCGGUUGCCACAAGAGGCAUUGAACGCGAAAUCACGUCUUUACAAAUGGAGGAGAGGCGAUUAGUAGCAGAGAUCAAGAAAACUGCUAAAACUGGAAAUGAGGCUGCAACUAAAAUCUUAGCUCGUCAAUUAGUUCGGCUUCGGCAGCAAAUAACAAAUUUGCAGGGGAGCCGUGCCCAGAUGAGAGGGGUGGAAACUCAUACACAGGCCUUGUAUGCUAGCACUUCAAUUUCAACUGGUAUGAAAGGAGCAACCAAAGCUAUGUCUGCUAUGAACAAGCAAAUGCAACCUGCAAAACAAACUAAAUUGAUCAGAGAAUUCCAGCAACAGGCAGCACAGAUGGACAUGACUAUUGAAAUGAUGUCUGAUGCAAUUGACGAGACACUAGACAAAGACGAGGCUGAAGAAGAAACCGAAGAACUUACUAACCAGGUCCUUGAUGAGAUCGGUGUUGACAUUGCUUCACAGCUAUCUUCAGCUCCAAAGGGGCGUAUUGCAUCAAAGAAAGUCGAGAACGCUGCCCCAAGUGCUGCUGUGUCGACUGAUGAUGUGGAGGACCUUGAGAAAAGGCUGGCGUCUCUUCGACGAAUAAAAAGUCACCUUCAAAAUCUUCAAAAGAUUCUCUCUUUCCUCAAAACGGAGAAGAUAACAACAAAAUCCAAUCCAAUUGCAAUCGCGCUAGGUCUGGAUAUGCAGAGCCAAGUUGUUUGCAGUGGGUGUAGAACUGUCCUUCUUUACCCAAGCGGAGCUACAAAUGUUUGCUGUGCAAUUUGCAAUAUGGUCACUUCCGUGCCACCACCGGGGAUGGAAAUGGCUCAAUUAAUAUGUGGAGGUUGUCGCACCUUGCUUAUGCAUGCUCGUGGAGCAACAAGUGUCAGGUGCUCCUGCUGUCACACUGUAAAUCUUGUGCCAGCUGCCACGCCUCCUAACAAUGUUGCUCAUGUUAACUGUGGAAAUUGCCAUACUAUGCUGAUGUAUCCUGCUGGAGCGCCAUCUGUAAAAUGUGCUAUUUGUCACUUCAUCACGAAUGUUAAUAUGGCCGAUACUAGAGUUCCCAUUCCUGUAAAUAGACCUGUAGGGAACUCCAAUUCUGCACCAACACAAUCUACUUCUACAGUAACAACAGCUCAUUCUCACAAUCAAACGGUAGUGGUGCAGAAUCCCAUGACUGUCGAUGAAAGUGGCAAGUUGGUGAGCAAUGUGGUCGUUGGCGUCACGACAUAAGAUGUGUGUUGAUGUAAAGGUACGUCGGAAGAGCAUAUAGAGAGAAGCUGUGCAUAUUGUGGCUAUGAUUAGUAUGGAGCUAAUAAAAUUUGGUGUAAAGGUCCAGAGAAUAACUGGCUAUUUUGCACUCUAUAAUAGCGUGCCUCAUUUUGCUACCCAGGAAUUGUAUGUUGUACCUGCUGCUUACCAGAUUGAACACUGAUAAUAUACACUUUUAUUCGUAA